AUGGACGACCGAGCGGAGACGCAACGAAUCGAGGAGCGGCUCCCGCAGGGAACCGACGAGUGGCUCGCGAGACCUCGGCUGUCGACGACUUCGCGAGGAACGAUCACGCCGGUGGCAAUACUGCAGCCGCUGUCCGCGCCGGUCGGCGACGUGGUGAUGUACACCGGGCCGUUGCAGCCGAUGGGGCAGCUCCACGGGAUCGGCAGGGAGUUCGGUGUCGGGACACAACCGUUGCCUGCAUGCGUUGUUCGGGAGGCCGGCGAAGGCGCGAUCACAGAAGAUGAGCGCAGAGGCGACGUCGGGCCGACGCGAGCAAACAAGACGAGGCGGAUGGAUCGGCGCCUCACUCACUGGCAGUGCAUCUACUGCCGGCGCGAGACGCGGAACGAUGCACGGGCGACGAGGUGCUGGAACUGCGAUGGCGAGAAGGAGCAGCUGCGUGACGCGGACAGUGAGGGGCGCGAGGCGGCGCGCCGCGGGCAACAUCAUAUGCACUGGGAGACGCAGCAGCUCGAGCAGUACACGGGGGCGGCUUCUUACCUGCGAAAGGAGGAAUGCAUGCUCGGGGUGAUGGAGUCGUACUACGUCGUGCAGACGGGCGCUCGGGUGAGCGUGUUUGAUGAGGUUAAGCGGUCCCUCAUGACGGGAGCGGACGUUGCUCAUUUCUUUAACGCGAUCGGGCGCAAGGCGGCGGUGGGCGUGCCGGGCGAGACUACCUUUCCCAUGGGCGGCUACUUCAACGAGUUCCGGCGCGAGGGCAUGACCGUCGAUCUCGUGCGAGAGCUGCGUACCGCGGUCAAGUUCGCAAUCGUUGCGGCCGGCGGCGACGUGACGGCGAUCACGAAGAACGCGAGGACUUUCAGCGAGUGGUACAGCCAUCUCAUGUUGCUCAUGGGACGUGAGUUGGCCUCCUUUUCAAUCAAAAACAGCGCCUUCAGCACAACUAUUUCGAGGUCUCGCGGAUAG